AUGGCCAGUAGUUUCAAGGAUCGGCUGACAAAACUAGGACGACGUCGAUCACCAAGCGAUGAAUCUAUUUCUGAGGAUGGUCCUCCCCCUAUCCAUAAUACUUCUACCACAAGCAAUGCUGCUUACUCAACGACUCCUCAACACCCCUUUGCAGAUCACACACGCCUACUGGGUACCAUUGAUCCUCAACCCACUUUUGUCUCUCCAGAUGUAGCCAGCUACAACAACAACAACAACCUCACAACCACACUAAAUAACACCCCUUCAUUUAGCGAACAGCAGGAUACCCCAUCAUCACCAAUAUCAUCAAGCGCAGACAUACCCUCUUCAUUACAUACCCCAUCUAAUAAUGCAGCUCUAGAAACUAUACCCUCUCGUUCUGUUCCAAUGGAUACGAUUCUAUCAAUGGGUGAUCCUUCUGCAACUGUUUAUAUUUCCGCACGUUCCACCACUGUUGAUCGAAGCCCAAUUGGAGAAAGUAACACAAGACUGUCUGAUGUACGUUUGGAAAUACCCUCUGAAGACAACAAUGAGCCGGUCGCACUUUUGCCGACUAUCCCAACAGGAGCAGCUAGGCCCAAUCAGCCCAAAAUUUUUGAAAACACUAGCCCGGCCGUACAGGCCUCCACUUCAUCGCCUGGACCAUCAUCGUCAGUCGCACUGACCGAUCUCCCUCUCCCUCCCAAUAGCGAUCAUACCCUUUUUGAAGAGCCCAGUGCUUCAAACCUUAGGAUAGAUGUGAAUCCCAACCGAGAUGAUCACCGCACCCACACAAUUGCUGCUGGACACAGUAUUCAGAAUCAAGAAAAUAGCUCUAAAACACCAACCGCAGAUCGUCUUAUUACUCCAGGAACUCGAGAGCUAAGCUCCUUGAACACAAGUCCGGAGGGCAUUACCAGGAAUACAGCUGAAAAUGACCAGCAACAAUUAGAUGAAGGCCCAUACAAUCUCGCCCAUCUGAUACCGGCGCUGGAGCAGCCUUCAACCACAACUACAGUAACAACCCUAACUCCACCUAUUGAAAAGAGAAUAUUUGCGGCUCCAGUGAAUCCUUUGUGGUUACCGGCCGGUGCUGAAACAGCGACUAACAUCGAUAACAUCACCCCUGUAGAACCACAAGGAAAGAUUGGGACUAUUCCUCAACCACCCACCACCAUUCCGCCCAAUCAAGACUGGCAGUGUUUACUUGAGGCGCGAGCAGUAGAGCGUGGCUGGUACUCUAUAACGCUUGGCGUGACCCUCAGCUCUGAGUUUGCUCACGAGUCUGACACACUGAAAAUCGAAGCGAAGCAACUAGAUUACAAUCGACGCGCUCUAUACACUGCAAAGAACUGCACCACUAUUGCAAGGAUCGAUGAGAUCGGUCCAAUUCAAAAAGAGACUUUUACGAGACUAAGGUUGCAUCGGCAGAUUGAGAUAAAUACUGGCGGAUACAUCCUACUCUCGAUCAACAUGAAGAAAAAUGAUCUUUCAG